CGCAUUUUAAAAUUUUUACUAUAACGCUACUAUCGUCAGCUGGUUAUAGUAUUGAAGACCGCUUAAAAGUUUGUAAAGAAGAGUACGUUAUGUUGUAAACAUGUUAUGCGAAUGUCCAAACAAUGCAGGGUUAGCAGGAAAGAGGCGCCAUGUUGAAACAGAACGAAUGAGAGAAUUUAGAGCAGUUGGUGAAGAAACAAGAAUCCGGAGAAGAAAAUGUCCACACGAAGGUUGUAACAAAUGGUUUACCAGUAACCCAGGAUUAAAAUACCACGUGAAUACACAUUCCCCUACAAAAUCAUCUUAUAAAUGUCAAAAUUGUUUCCGAUCGUUUAUAAGUUUUAAUGGUUUAAAAUAUCACAAAAAGUCUAUAUGCAAAAGACAAUCAAUAUCUCCAAAACACAACCCAGAUCCAGAACCAACGGUCAAGAAAAAAACAGGACCUGAACCUGCAAGACCAAAACGAUCUCCACCCCAAAGACCUGAGGUGAAACCAAAUCGUCCAAUUUGUCGUUUUGAUGAUGACAAUAGAUUAAGGGAUCUAGCUAUUAUAGCAACUGGCCCACAGAGUCCAUUACUACAGAAAACAUCUGUGACAGCUGCACUAAAUACAGGAAGUGAGAAUGUAAAGCGAGCCUUAGAUCUGAGUUGCAAACCCAAGAAAUUACCCGAAGCUACAACAAGUCAAAGUGACGAAAUCGUCCAGAAAGAUAUUAAACAAACAUUUUUUCCUUCAUCACCAACCAUUGAUUCUACUAGUGGUCAUAGAUUUCAUUCCUGGCCUACAGCAGUGUGGCAAUGUUUUCUAAAAGGAACACUCCUUAAUUUCUGCUCUGUUGACGCCAAUUCAAGCAAUACCUGGAACUUAGCUGAGGAAUUGGCAGAGAAAUAUGAAAUCGACAGAACAGCAUCUAAUAUACAUCAGCGUGAUCUCAGAAAUAGAGACGUAGGCUUUAAAGUUCAAAAUAUUAAAAUCUUCUCGAAAAUAGUAACCCUAUCCUUUCAACUAGAUGACGAUCGUAAGACUUUAGCCACAGCAAAAUGUAAAAUUGACCAUCCAUUCUUUGUCAAAGAUAAAGGUUGGUCUUCGUGUGAUACCACACUUUCCAGUAAUCAUUAUGGAAUACCAUGCCAAACCCUUGAAGUUAAUGACCUUUGUUUACCACCCUCCCAUCCAGAUGCCACAUUUUCUAAAGUUUAUGAUAAAACAACUAGUUACAGUAUGCCACUGUCUGCCACAGACUCCACAGCUGUUAUAGCUUUAAGCAGUAUGCAACAGAAAAAAUACCAAGAACAAAAGUCUGGAAACUCUGCUCCAAAUUCACCAAACUUACCCGAUUCUCCAAAAGCUAAACGCCCAAUGAAUGGAUUUAUGUUAUUUGCCAAAGAGAAGCGAGUUGAAUACACACGGAAACAUCCUGGAAAAGAUAACAGAGCAAUAAGUAAAUUAUUGGGUGAAGAAUGGAAGGCAUUGGAUAUAAAAGAUAAGGAAUAUUAUAAAGAGGAGGCAAAGCAACUCUCUAAACAACAAGUCAAGUUACAUCCUGAUUGUUGGAAAAGAAAACGCUAAAUACCAGAAACAGCAAACAAUAAUCAAAGAAUUUUUUUUCAAGUGAUCUCAAAUCUUUACAAACUGCCAGAUUACAACCCACAGGACAGAAGCCUGUUAAACUUAACAUUCACUGCCAUUUUAUUAUUAUUGUUUAUUUUUAUUAUUUAUAUUUUGGUAUUUGACUUGGUCAUCGUCAUAACAUGCAUGUUUUAUUAAUGUUCAGUAGUCACCAUAAGAAUUGUUAUAUAUACAUUCAAAUAUUUAAAGAUAUAUUAUACCCUUGUUUUAUUCAAAUGAUCAAACCCCAUUUCUCUCUAUCUAUAACUUUUAUACAGUGGCCCGCAGAGAGGGUGAUGGCCCUGGGAAACCAUAUAUCCAAUGAAAGAGUGAAAUUAAAAUUAAGUUUUUAUGAAAUCUGAAAUUACCACUACUUAAUUUGAAUUGAAAGUUUAUUUCAUUUGUAUUUACAUAUAUAAAAUGUCUUCCUUUCUCACAUUUCUGACUACUAGGCCCUAUCCCUGAAAGGCAUACAAUAAAGGAGUUGGUCUGGGGAAUAAUAAAACCUCUGCAGGCCACUGGUUUUAAGAAUGAUAUGUUAUAAAUAGUAACAUGAUUUCUUCUAGCUUUUUUGAAUAUUUUAUAUAGCCCGUAUUGUUUUUAAAAUAUUUAUAGAAAUCAUCUUAAUUUGACCUUAAAAAUCUAAAAAAAAAAAAAAAAAAUCAAAUUUGAUUACUUUCUAGCUGGUCAAUAUUCUAGCAGAGACCCAUUCUUUUUUCCAAAGGAAAAAUACCAAAGUGCUAUUAUUGUUUUGAAUAUUAUUUUGUUGAAUUAUUCAUCAGUGCUCAAAAAAGGAGUAGAAAUAUUUUAUAAAGGUUUAGGAGGAGAAUAACAUCUUAUACACUAAUAUUUGUUGAUAUUAUUUAAUAUUUAUUUAUGAAUUGGAUUGAGAAUCUAAAUAUAAGAAUAUUUAAUAAAUUAUUUAAAUUAAUUAAGUUAUCUUUUAAAACUUCUAUUACAUAAAUUCUGGUAUAUAUUUCUUUAAAAGUAAAUACAGUUGAAUAUCCCUUUAUCAAAACAUUUAUUGUCAGUAUUACCAAAUAUUUAGAUUUUUUCAUUAAUACAACCAAUUUACAUAUCUGUAUCUCUACAGCAUUUAUAAGACUGCAUGUAUCUUGAUAUAAAGAUAGAUUGUUUAUUUUACAAACUCUCAUAGAAAUUAGAUGUAAAUGUUCCGGAAGUCAAACAUGUUAUAUGUAGAAUACAUAGUAAAAGAGGGGACUACUUCAUGGGUUGGCCUAUUUUGAAUAAUGCCAAAUAUUUUUGGUUUCUUUAAAUUUGUUAUAAUUUGGUGUCGAGGAAAGCAUUUAUUUUGUGUAACAUGUAAAUCUACUAUUACAAAGAUUACAAUUAUUGCUGUUUAUUUUUGAUUGUUUGAUUAGCAUAAUAGAAAAUAAUAGAUAUAUCUUAUUGUUAUUAGUAUAUUAUUACCUUCGGCCAAACCCAUUUCAUUUCCAGUUCUUCUGGGUGUUCCUGUCUUACUUAACCCAGUCGGAGCAGAACAGUAGGACGUUAAACCUCAUUUCAUUUCACUUCUUCUGGGUCUUAAUAAAUGAAUAACGCACUCAAUUCUUAUGUGUGAUGUGUUGUUACUAUUUCCAAUCAUAAAUAUUUGGAACAAAAAGAUUUUGGAAAGAGCCAUAAGUACUUUUUGUUUUUAAGUCUGUAUUGUUCAUGUAGAAAUUUGAGGAAGAAUUUUCAGUAGGUGUUCACAAAGAACAUAAAUUUAAAUGGGUGUGGCCUUCUUUCCAUUUUAAUUCAAAAACUUAGAUUCAUGGUAAGACUUAUUAUAAAGUAUCUUCAUAUUAUAGUUUUAUAACUUGGGUCAAAUGUAAAGUGUUAUAUAUGGAAAUACUGGGCAUUGAAGCUUAUUAUGUGAUGAAUUCAUAUCAUUGAUAUAAUUUAAUUCAAGAAUCAAACAUAUAUUAGUACUUAUUUAUUAGUUCCUUUCUGUCAUUUUUCAAUAUCGACAUUUUGUGGUCUAAGAUCACUUUCAAAUAUAUUUUAAGAAUCUA